AUGAAGAGAAGUUCCAGAAUAAUAAGUUUGGCACUAGGAAACGAUAACGGUGACGGUACUGGUACCAUUAAUAUGCAUGAUGCAUGUGGAAAUAUCCAAACACCUACUAAUACCCCUCCUGCAUCACCAGUUACACUGGAACAGGCCGCUAUUGCUAACGAGUUGCAACAGUUAAUUAAUUCCGAUUAUGAAUCUGAAGUUUCGCAUGAUGAUUCAGUCGAAGAUCCUGACUUCACCACAGAAACUUUGAACCUGAGAAAUGUUCCUGUCUCAUCUCCGUCGCCACCUUCACCAUCUGUAUCACUAACAACUCCUUCUGAUCUGCGUUCUGUAGAGACGGUUAAUUUAUUUGGGCAUGAUUCAAGUCUGAGAAUAGAUAGAUCUGACAUUUUCAAUAUUUCUUUUCAAAUGACUCCUGACGUGGAAGCAGUUACAAGUACUUCUGCUUUACCAUCUGCUGUAAAUUCACCUGGUUUAAGUACUUCUUCUGCUACAUCGAAUGUUGUGAAUUCACCUACAUCAAGUUCUUCUCGUGCCAUGCCGUCUGUCGUGAAUUUGUCAACUUUUGGAGAUGAAGCGGCACAGCCGACCUCUAGUAACAGAGGCAGAGCCAAAAGGAAAAAUGAACAUUCAUGGAAACAAAACAUUCGUAAAAAGUUGAGAAACAGUGGUAUAGUUGCGAGCAAUAUGCCACGCAACUACAAACCAGACCCUCGGGGUAAGAAAUAUAUAAAAUAUGACUUCAACUUAAUACAACAGGCUGUUAAUGAAUAUUCUGCGAGUAAUUGUUCUCUUGAUGCUAUCUCAAAGAAAUGUAAUAUACACACAUCUGUUUUAUACAGACACUGCACAAAAAAUAUGAAAAGUCAAGGAGGUCAAACUGUUUUCUCCAAUAAAACUGAAGAAGAAUUGGUAUUGGGGGAAGAAGAUAUUUUACGUUGGCUGAAUGAAUCUGACGGUGAGGCUUUAUCGGACGAAGAACAUGAGAAUUUAUAUAUACAAACACAUUUUGGUGAGAAAUCCAGUACGGAUGACGGAGAAAAUGCAAGCGAUAUUGCUCCAAUACAGGCUGAAAAUUCAUCUUCGUGUGAAGAAGACGUUAUGAGCUCAGUAACUCCUCGGCUUCCACCAAUAGCAACUGUCUCUGGGCAAGGAAGAGUUAAAUCAAGAGGUAUAGGAAGAACACUAGGAAGAGGAAGAGGAAGAACACUAGGAAGAGGAAGAGGCAGGGGACCAAAAAACAGCUCACUGUCAGUAGCCACGUCUAUGAGUCACAGUCGUGGGCCUAGUCACGCACGGAUUGUGCGUCAGCGUGGACGUGGACGUGGUCGUGGCCGCAGUCGUGGUGUUCAGCAGCGCCAACGAAGAGGUAUUCAAUCCAUUCAACAGAAAUGGACUCAUAGUUCAGGCCCGAAAUUAGGGGGUUACAGCAACCAGCCUAUCUGA